AUGCGCCUGCAGGAAGCCUUCCCAGACGGGAAAGAUGCUCUGCCGGGAUUAUUUUCUGCGCGAUUCGACGGUGGACCAACAGAGCACAAGUUCCGGCGUGUGUACGAGAUCCUGAAGGCGCACAACUUUCCCGUCCUGAUGGUCGCCGCAAAAUGUGGCGACGACUUCGGUAGAUUGACAACUCGCUAUUUGAGCCAGAUUGAAGAGAAUCAUGGUAAGCUUAUUUGUGUUUGCACGGCUCAUUAUGCUGAGAUUACGAGUUCACCUUUCAGCUCUUUCCACGAAUUAAAGUAUGCAUACGAUUACAAAUUAGAUGUUCUCCCGCUGAAAGUGGAAGACGUCUACCCCCCGCGACCUCCCAGCGGAAAAGAUCAUCCUCACGACCAGGAUGGUGAGGCAAAGGCCUUGAUCAAGAUGGUCUUCAGACCCAACAAGGCCUUCACAGACGUCCGCGACUUGGAUGAGACAGAGAUUGCCCGGGUGAUCGCAGACUGCUUACUCAAGCCGACGGGGACGCUCGCCAUGACAAGCAAGGCGCUGGACAUGGAUGAGAAGAAGGUCGCAUUCGGCGCUGCACGUCGCUUGGCCACUCCGCCUCCCGCCCUGUGCAGCUGA